GACGGCGUACUUUGGCCUACUGCGUCAGGCUCCGCGCGGGAAAGUCGCUGGAUUUAAUUAAUUAUAUGCUAUAUUUAGAUGUUGUUUUCAGACGAAAAUAAACUUGAUGCUGAUUCGAAGUACGAUAUCGGGAGAUUAUAGUAAUCGCCGUCGUGGGACUGUUUGUUGGGGUCUUCCGAAAUAUUGAGGGUCCGUGCAAGUACCGAGGCCGCAGGCGUGGGUGGGCGGCGCGGAGAAUGUUCCAAUGGAACUGCAGGAACCCAGCAUGGGGCAGCUGAAACUGUUGCAGGUUGCAGAUUGAGGUGAUGAGCAGCAACGAGUGCUUUGGGUGCGGCCGCACGGGCCACUGGAUCAAGAACUGUCCGAAUGCUGGACGCGGGCGCAGCAAGGGCCGUGGCCGUGGCAAAGAUCUGUUCUGCUACCGUUGUGGAGAGCCAGGCCACGUGGCCAGGGACUGUGAGCGGACCGAGGAUGCAUGCUACAACUGUGGCAGGAGCGGUCACAUCUCCAGAGAUUGCAAGGAGCCCAAGAAGGAACGCGAGCAGUGCUGCUACAACUGUGGCAAGGCAGGCCACAUGGCGCGCGACUGUGACCAUGCCAACGAGCAGAAGUGCUAUUCCUGUGGGGGCUUUGGGCACAUCCAGAAAGGCUGUGAAAAAGUCAAGUGCUACAGGUGUGGAGAGAUCGGCCAUGUGGCCGUCCAGUGCAGCAAGGCAAGCGAGGUGAACUGCUACAACUGCGGCAAGGCUGGCCACUUGGCGAAAGAAUGCACCAUCGAAGCCACUGCCUAAUUCCCAUUCCCUUGUCGCCCCUCCUUUUUCUGAUUGAUGGUUGUAUUAUUUUCUCUGAAAUCCUCUUCACUGGCCAAAGGUUGGCAGAUAGAGGCUAGUCCCAGGCCAGUGAGCUCUUGACAUGUUAAAAGGAGGAAAGGGGUGGAAAAGGAAAAAAAAAAAAAAAAAAAAGAAGAAUUUUCCACUUUCUGCAUUUAAUACAAAAAAAAAUGUUUAUGUUUAGUUUGGUAGAGGUGUUAUGUAUAAUGCUUUGUUAAAGAACCCCCUUUCCAUGCCGCUGGUAGCCAGGGAGGAGUGAGUGCGAGUGGGCAGCAGCAGCAGCAGCAUCAUGUCGGGUCGGCCUCCGGACUCGUGGAACUUGGCCUCCGUGAGAGGUGUAAAGAAACGUAAGGAGGGAGGGAGGGAGGGAGGGAGGGAGGGAAGGAGGGAGGAAAAAAAAAUGAAAUCAUGGAAGUUUGAGCUUCCGAAAAUGAUUUGCUUUUUUUGUUGUGUAGUGAACGUGAGUGAGUUAUGGUGAGAUUAAAUGAGCUGGAGCAAGCAGCACAUGUCACAUAAUGGUCAGAUCUAUCCGCGUCCGACCAGCCGUACGCAGCUAAGUGGAGAAACACCAUAAAUGAAAUACUACAACUGAUCAACCCGUUUACAGCGCAGUCUGGGGAAAAAAAAGAAAAAGUGAAACACACAAGCUAUGUCAAAAAAAGGAUGCAUUGUCUUUGUUUUGUUUUUUUUUCUCCGUGAUGUGUCAGCUAGUAACUAUGUGGUGUGGCUGACCGUAAAAAAGAAAAAAUCUGACUUGAGGUCUCCAGAGCGCAAUGCCAUUUAGGUCAUUUUACCCAUGGGAAAAAUACUGAAAAGAAAAAAAAAAUUAAAGGAGAAAAGGUAGAAUUUGGAGCUGGAGAAAGGAGAAUGUUUUCACAGAAUCAAAAUGUUAUUUUUGUACAAUAUCACUUAGACUACUGUAAAAAAUAUCAUUUGCUUGUACUCAGUUUUUAAGUCGGAAGGUUAUUGCAACAGAAGUAGAGAUGAACAUAGAGAUGUAAUUUUAAACUAUCAAUAAAGCUGGAGGAGGAAGGGGAGUAUGACUGAA